UUUCUUGACGUUUGUCUGGCCAAUGAGAUUUUUCUCGGCCUAGAAGGGCGCAGGGACCUCGAGGUAAAACUGUACGAGCGCUUGAGUCCUGAGGAAGUCAGUCACGGAGUCACCGUGAAAAACAACAUCCGCAAAAUGCCGAAUAAAACGAAAAAAGAAAAGAUGGGUGAUGAUGAACUUGUGCCUUAUGUCGCCUCAUCUCCGAACCCGGAACCAGCUAAAUCUGCAAAAGGCAGCACGAAAAACAGUAAUGUCAGCAGUGGGAAGGAUCCUGGAAGCGAAAAUGCAGACGAGGCACAACAACAGCAGACGGCCAGCAAGCGUCCGAGCAACAGCACCCCUCCGCCCACCCAGCUGAAUAAGAUCAAGUACUCUGGCGGGCCGCAGAUCGUCAAGAAGGAACGCCGCCAGAGCUCCUCACGCUUCAACCUCACGAAGAACCGCGAACUCCAGAAACUACCUGCUCUCAAAGAUGCCCCUCCUGUGGAUCGAGAGGAGUUGUUCGUGCAGAAGCUGCGUCAGUGCUGUGUGCUCUUUGACUUUGUGACUGACCCACUCAGCGACCUCAAGUACAAGGAGGUCAAGCGAGCUGGCCUCAACGAGAUGGUGGAGUACAUCACCCACAACAGAGACGUGGUCACAGAGUGCAUCUACCCAGAGGCCGUCAUCAUGUUUUCAGUGAACCUCUUCCGGACGCUGCCCCCCUCCUCCAACCCCACAGGGGCGGAGUUUGACCCAGAGGAGGACGAACCUACGCUGGAGGCAGCCUGGCCCCACCUACAGCUGGUGUACGAGUUUUUCCUGAGGUUUUUGGAGUCUCCUGAUUUCCAGCCGAAUGUCGCCAAAAAAUACAUAGACCAAAAGUUUGUAAUGUCGCUGCUGGAUUUGUUUGACAGCGAGGAUCCUCGGGAGCGGGACUUCUUGAAGACCAUCCUCCACCGCAUCUACGGGAAGUUCCUGGGCCUCCGCGCCUAUGUCCGACGCCAGAUCAACAACAUCUUCUACAGGUUUAUCUAUGAGACGGAGCAUCACAACGGCAUCGCAGAACUUUUAGAAAUCUUAGGAAGUAUUAUAAAUGGCUUUGCCCUGCCUCUGAAGGAGGAGCAUAAGAUGUUCCUCAUCCGGGUGCUGCUGCCACUGCACAAAGUCAAGUCUCUGAGCGUCUACCACCCACAGCUGGCGUAUUGUGUGGUGCAGUUCCUGGAGAAGGACAGCAGCCUUACUGAACCGGUGAUCAUGGGCCUGCUGAAGUUCUGGCCAAAGACCCACAGCCCUAAGGAGGUGAUGUUCCUGAACGAGCUGGAGGAGAUCCUGGACGUCAUCGAGCCAUCCGAGUUCGUCAAGGUCAUGGAGCCACUCUUCAGACAGCUGGCCAAGUGUGUGUCCAGCCCCCACUUCCAGGUGGCGGAGAGAGCGCUGUACUACUGGAAUAAUGAGUACAUUAUGAGCCUCAUCAGUGACAACGCUGCCAAGAUCCUCCCCAUCAUGUUCCCCGCACUCUACAAGAACUCCAAGAGCCACUGGAAUAAGACGAUCCACGGCCUCAUCUAUAAUGCCCUCAAGCUGUUCAUGGAGAUGAACCAGAAGCUGUUUGACGACUGCACCCAGCAGUACAAGGCGGAGAAACAGAAGUGA